UAAGAGCAAAAGAUUCUGAGGAUUAAAAAGCUCGAGCUGGGAAAAUCUGGAGUGAAUCAUUCCCUUGUCAUUUACCCUCUCUGCAUUGUUCUCUUCAUCUUAAAUGUAGUCAUUCCCUGGAGAAUCUGGAAAAUUUCAGGAAGUUUAAAAAAGAAACAGAAACUUUGAAAACUUUGAUCUGGGGUAUCUGUCUCAGGACUGCCGAGUUUAGAUUUGCAGCAGAGAUGCCUACCAUUAUUGUGGCCCUCCUGGUUUUCCUGACCGUCCAUGAAGCCUCAGGUAUUGGACUUAGAUGCCGAUGCAUCAAUAAGGAGAAAAGGCCCAUUGGACGUUACAUCGGAGCAGUGGAGAUGAACCCUGCAAGCUCCCACUGCAAAGACACUGAGAUUAUUGCUACUCUCAAGAAGGAUGGGCAGAAAGUUUGUCUGGACCCCAAAGCUCCAUGGGUCAAAAAAAUGCUUGAAAGGAAGAAGACUCAGUAGAUACUUUGAAGAAGACACCUUGCCAGAUGUGACUCAGAUGGACAGAGGACAGAGACAAUGAAAACAGAAGAACAAAGUGUGUUCUUUUAUGGUAGAGAUUAGACAUAUUUUAAAUAGUAAGCAGUAUGUUCACAUAUAUCCUUACGUACAUGUUCACUUAAAACAUUGGGGGGGCUUGGAGAAGCAGCAAGCAUGGGGGGGCUUUUAAUAUAACAUGCUACACAUCCAAAAAAAAAUUCUAACCACAUUUUAUUAAAUACUCUUUUUUAUAGUCUUUUUAGUUUCUGUUUUGACCUUUUGCAAAGAUAUAAACACUGUGUGACUGUUCAUUCCAUCUGCUGUGAUAAAUAUAAGUUUUCAGGAGGGCAUAUUUGCUGCUCUUGAAAUGUCAAUAUCCUGGAAAUACAAUUUGGAAAACAAUAUGCAUCUAUCUAUUUC